AUGGCAUAUUUAGAAAAGAGCUUCAUUUAUUUUGGAGGUCUUAAACCUGACAUUCAACAAAAUAUCUUGGAAGCUUUGGAGUUCACUAGGGAUGAAUUGCCUUUCAGAUACCUAGGCAUUCCCCUUAGUAGCAAGAGACUGUCUAUUAUGCAAUGCAAGCGACUCAUUGAUAAAAUUCUUACUAGAAUUAAGUCAUGGACAACCAGGUUUCUUUCAUAUGCUGAAAGAUUACUCUUGGUCAAGACUGUACUCUUUUCUAUCCAAGUUUUCUGGUCACAAGUUUUUGUGUUGCCUAAAAAAGGCCUCGUUGUGUGGGAAGCUAAGACAGCUCAAGCUUCUUGGAUGGUCCAGAAUAUCCUCAAAGCCAGAAAAACCUUUCAACGGGCAGGACUGAGUGAGCAAGGUGUGACGCUAAUGGAGACCUAUUCUAUUAAGAAACUGUAUAUCGUUACUAGAGAGGAUUAUCUAGAGGUUCCUUGGAUACGAUUGAUCUGGAACAAUGUUGGGGCUCCUAAAUGGGUGUUUAUUAUGUAUCUGGCAUUACAUAGGAGACUACAAACAAAGGAUAGGAUUGCUAGUUGGGCAAAUAUUGAGAAUUUGGACUGUCCCUUAUGCCAGGAUAAACUUAAAGAGAUUGACCACACUUUGUUUAAAUGUGAAUAUGCUAGAAGAGUGUGGGAAAAGCUACUCGUAUGGUAA